UGUGGCGGACCACUUGGUGUUGACGUCAGUCUUGGCUGCCUGGCGUUGACAGGCAACUGUUCCCGCCACUGCCAAACGACAUCUCUCGACCUACAGAUCGGCAAGGAGUGGAGUAGUAGUAGUGUAGGAGUCAGUUAGGGAAAGGAUACACUUCAGACGCCAUGCAACCACCGACCUUCGUGCAAGGCUUCCACGACGCCGAGGCUGUCGCCAGGAUGACUUACCACCCACUCGGCGACACUGGGCUGCAGCUGUCACACCUCUCCCUCGGAGGUGGGCCCUUCGGGGGUCUGUACGGAGAGGCCAGCGAGCAGACCUAUGUUGACACUGUCCAUCUCGCUCUGAAGUCUGGUAUUAAUUAUAUCGACACCGCACCAUGGUAUGGCAAUGGCCGCAGCGAGGAAGUGCUAGGCAAGGCCCUGAAGGACGUCCCUCGAAGCUCUUUCUACAUUGGCACCAAGGUGGGUCGCUACGAGCCUGUGCCUGAACGAAUGUUUGACUUUUCUGCCAAGCGAGUGGCGCAGAGCGUUGACCACAGCCUGCAGCUGCUGGGCCUCGACUACGUGGACCUCAUCCAGGUGCACGACUUUGAGUUUGCCGAGAACCUGGACAUCAUCGUGGAGGAGACACUGCCGGCCCUGCAGAAGGUCGUGGACAGCGGGAAGGCAAGGUUCAUCGGCAUCACCAGCUAUUCAGUGAGCCUCCUCAAGGAACUGGUUGAACGGUCACCGGUCAAGAUCAGCGCCAUUCUGUCUUACGCGCGCAACACACUCAUCGACGACACCCUCGAGGGCUUCAUGCCUUUCUUCAAGUCCCGGGGAAUUGGGGUGAUCUGCGCCAGCCCAGUGGCUAUGAGGCUGCUCACCAAUGACUCUCCGCCAGACUGGCACGUGGCACCUAAAGCGAUCAAAGAUGCCAGCCGCGCGGCAGCCCUCUACUGCAAGGAGGCUGGCGUGGACUUAGCGCGCUUGGCGGUGCAACACGGGAAGCGGCUGAAGGGCGUCACCACGCACCUGCAAGGGAACAACAACUGUGACAUUCUGCGUCAGAAUUUGGACAGUUUUCUCACUCCGCCGACACCGCAGGAGGAAGAACUUCGCAAGACGUUGAAAAAAAAGUUUUUUGAUCUUCUCCCAGAGAAGCACUGGGAGGGCGUAGAUCCUGUUAAACACUGGGAGAUAAUACGGCAGCUGCGCACUCAGUCUGGGGUUGCUAAGUGAUCGUUGCCACUUUACAAUCAUGACUUUCUUCCAAUAUAUAAAAAAAAAGCAUUCUAAGAUUUCUUUAUUGUAAAAUUGGUUAUGGUCUGCAAAAUCUGAUUCAAAGAGAAUUAAAUAAAUUUUUAAUCCAAUAUCUUGAACAUUUUAGCUUUUUUUUUUUUUUUUUUUUUUAGAGAACCCUAUAAAUAUACGUGACCGCAGACCAACAAUGCCAGGCAAGUAACAGUCAUUAGACCACUUUCUUACUGGCAAACCAUCAUCACCCAGCGUGAGUCACUUUAGCAAAUUACUCCCUGAGCAGUUUCUCUCACUACCAUGCAUGCACUUGGAUGGCAGCAACAUGAAGCGCUAAGAGGACAACAUGAAUUGCUGCCGGUAGGACUCACCACGAGGACGUCAGUACCGAGCCCCAUGAACGACACACUUGGGUAUUUUGGUACUUUCAGCCAAUAUUGCAGAAACUACACUGGUCUCAUGUACCUAUUCUGAUGUACUGGCAAUAAUAAUUACAUUUCAGAAUAAAGAAAAACAUUCCAUAUACUUUCUAUAUUUUUUGCUCGUCUGCUUCGUGUCAGUGGAACAUUAAAGCUGUUUCAGACUUCAUCACGUGACAGCGGAGGCCUCUCUAUAACUAGCUCUAACAAAACUUUACAAUCUCCUCCUCCACCUUCACGCCAUCCGUUGAUUAUUUUCCUGACGGGUCCCUAUAUUUGUAGGGUGUUUCAAGAAGCAAGAUGAAUUAUAUCCAAAGCUUCUAACGAUAAUUCGGCAUUAUGAGUCGAGGUGUUGUUCACGAUUGGCUGGGCCGUGUUGGUAGGUCUGAGUUGCCAGUUUACACAUUGAACAAAAACAUCUUUGAUCUUGCAUUUCCAUUACUGGUUGAAUGUACCCGACCUGCUCCUUUAGUAGAAGCCACACACAGUUAGAGACAUGAAAAAAAAAAAAUCAAUUGAAUAUCCCCGCUGCAUUUCGGAAUAACAAAGUGCAUGACAAUGUAACAAACACUAACCUUUCUCAGUUUUCUUCUUCUGAUGAAAGUUUAUGAGAACCAUCGAUCACUUUCAUACUUUUCUUAGCCUUCUUUUUCACUGGUAUCAUUGUUCUUUUUACUGUAUACCUUAAUAAAAGGAGUUGAAUAUC